AUGGCGCCGCCCAACCGGAGAGGUGGCAGCGGCCCGAAGAAGACCGGUAUCGGCCGGAUCGAGCAGGAGGAUGCCCGGUACGUCUGCUACUCCAAGCGCCGCGUGGGGUUCUUCACAAAGGCCACCGAUCUGUCGGUCUUGACCGGCGCCCAGGUGGCCGCCCUCGCCUUCUCUCCCCGCUGCAGGGCCAUCUCCUUCGGCCACCCCUCGGUCGACUCCGUCGUGGAACGCUUCCUGGCGGGGGAGGCUGCUGGGGCUGGCGCGAGGAAGGAGGACGCUGCCGACGACCGCUUGCUGGCGGGGGAGGGUGCUGGGAAGGGCGCGGGGGAGGGUGCUGCCGGCGAAGAUAAGAAGCUCGAAAAGCUGGACCGGGCGCACGGACAAGGCCAUGGCGAAAUAGCCCCUAGGGACAAGGACAUGGCGACCUUCUUUGCGGCGCUGAUGCAGGUGAAGGGCGUCGUCUCCGAUCGCGCCAACCAGGUUCUCCUCGAGGCGAUGCACUCCCACAUGAGCCACAUGGCGGAGGUGGGCCCGCCGCCGCCGCCCCAGAUCUUCAGUGGCAGCACCUUCGAGUUCGGUAGCAGCAGCGGCACCGCCAACGACGGGAUGGAGUUCCAGUUUCUACGUGCAGGCUGGCCCUGGUUUCUGCUGCCUUUGCCACAGGAGCAGGGGUUCGAGGCCGCGAUGGAUAUGCAGCAGAUGGUGAUGGCGGCGCUGCCUCCGUCUCAGGUGGUCGCCGCCGGGAUGGAUAUGCAGGAGACGCCUCCGCCGCCAGGGUUGGCCGCCGGGAUGGAUAUGGAGCAGAUGCAGAUGACGAUGCCUAAGCCGCCGGGGUUCGACGCAGGGCUAGACAUGUAG